AUGACCUCUUCAUUGACUAUAAAGAAGGAUUUCCCACCGUUGAAGAAUGAUCUUAUCCUAAGGACAUUGAAAGGAGAAACGGUCGAAAGGCCACCAUGCUGGAUAAUGAGACAAGCUGGUCGUUAUUUGCCAGAGUACCACGAGGUAAAAAACGGUAGAAACUUUUUUGAGCUAUGUCAGGAUGCAGAAUUGGCCUCUGAGGUCACUUUACAGCCAAUUAGAAGAUAUGAAGGAUUAAUCGACGCUGCUAUCAUUUUCAGUGACAUAUUGGUUAUCCCACAGGCUAUGGGGAUGAACGUUGAAAUGAUCGAUGGCAGAGGUCCCGUUUUCCAACAUCCUAUCAGAACAGUACAAGAUAUUGAAGAUGUAUUAAAUUACGAGGUUGCAUUGGAGAAGAGUCUCUUAUGGGCAUUUGAUUCAAUUAGACUCACUAGAAUGAAAUUGAAUGGUGAAGUGCCACUGUUUGGCUUCAUCGGUGCACCAUGGACGCUUUUAGUCUACAUGGUAGAGGGUGGUUCAAGUAAGAUUUUCAGAUUUGUCAAGGAAUUAAUCAAUACGUACCCAGAAUUGAUUCAUAAAUUAUUGAAUAAGAUUACAGACGUGGCAAUCGAAUUUCUUUGCAAGCAAGUUGUUGCUGGUGCCCAACUGUUACAAGUCUUUGAAAGUUGGGGCGGCGAACUUUCUUCAAUGGAUUUCGAUGAAUUUUCGUUACCUUAUUUGAAAAGGAUCAGUGAAACGGUACCACAAAGACUCAAAGAAUAUGGUGUAGAGGAUAAGAUUCCAAUGAUCAUCUUUGCUAAAAAUUCAUGGUACGCUCUUGAUAAAUUGUGUGGCUUGAAUUUCGAUGCUGUUUCCUUAGACUGGUCAUGGGACCCCACAUAUGCAACUAAAAUUAACAACGGUCGUGUCACUUUACAAGGAAACUUAGAUCCAGGUAUCAUUUAUGGUAGUGAAGAGAUCAUUUCUAAGAAAGUGGAGCAUAUGAUAACGAGCUUUGGCGGUGGUAAAAGACAUUAUAUUGUUAAUUUUGGCCAUGGUACCCAUCCAUUCAUGGAUCCAGAAAAAAUUAGAUUCUUCUUACAAGAAUGCCAUAGAAUUGGAUCUCAAUAG